AUGUCAACAAGCGAAAUUGAUUCAGCAAGUGUUGAUAUAUUUGACCCUUAUCGAGCAACUGGAUUAUGGCACAUUAUGGGUACAAAUCUCAACAUGUGGAAAGAUAAAGUUUUACCAACAAUAAAUUAUAGUAUUAACGAAAAAUUAGCCGAUGGUCGUGUUCGAAUAAAUGAUUUAGUUGAAUACUAUACUAAGCGUCCAUGCGUUGGAUGGAAACCAUCAAGUGUUGAAGGAAUUGAUACACAAUUAUCCAUAAAACCAAGUCGAUUUCAAUGGCGAGGAAAUGGUAUUCUUAAAUUAUUUACUAGUGAUUUUGGAUUUGUAUUUGUGGACAAUGAGACACCAUCAGAUCGACCAUAUCAAUGGGUAGCCACUUGUUUUGGUGCAACAUUAUUUUCAUCUGAAGGAAUUGAUUUGAUGACGCGAACACGUCAACCACCAACUUAUGUAUUAAAUAAUUUUGUACAAUUUUGUUUAGAUAGUCCAAUUUUAAGACAGAAAGCUCGUGCCAUGUUCUAUACAAGAGGCAAAGCAGAAGAUGACAUCUACUAUAUAAGAGAUUUACAGUAUUAA